AAAGCAUAAUCAUUUCGAAAUUACAUCCAAAUUUCCCCAAAAUGAGCAGCACUCACAUAGCUCACCCGCUCCCCACAAACCGCUUCUCCUUCCCCCGCUCCACCCGCCCCCAUCACCACCACCCGCCCCAUUCCAUCUCCUUCCGCUCCCGCCCCGCCCCGCUCCACAUCCGAUCCGCGCUCAACGCCACCGUCUCCGAAACCGCCGCCGCCAUGACUCUCUACGACCUUCUCGGCAUACCGGAGACCGGCUCCCUGCUCGAGAUCAAGCAGGCCUACAAGCAGCUGGCGCGGAAGUACCACCCCGACGUCUCUCCGCCCGAAUUGGUGGAGGAGCACACGCAGCGCUUCAUUCAGGUGCAGGAGGCCUACGAGACGCUCUCGGAUCCUCGCCGCCGGGCGCUGUACGACCACCACGUCGCCUCCGGGCUCCACCUCGCCUUCGCCGCCCGCCGCAACGGCAGAUUCGAUGAGGAAAUGGAGGACAGAGGCGAGUGGAAGGAUCGGUGGCAGUCUCAGUUGUCAGAGCUCAAGAGAAGAAGCGUGCAAAAGGAGAAUGCCGAUGGCAUGUCAUGGGGUGCAAGGAUGCGCAGAGAGAGGAACGGAGUAUAGUAGCCUUCUUCUACCUUUCUUUUUUUUUGCUGGUUUAGAAAGGGGUGUCUGGUUUAUGCUUGGUAAGAAGGCAAACCAUGGUACGACGUAGUUUUGACACGAAUAUGAACGCGAAGCACGAUGUAAUUGUAUCUGAAUAUAUAUGUAAAUAGUCUUCUAUCA